AUGAGCGUGGCGACACAGGCAAUGCCUUCCCCCAUGGAACUGGACGGAGUGGUGAACGGGGUGAAGAACAUGGACGGCGUGAACGGAGUGCACAAGGAGCCCAAGUUCGCCAGCGGCCUCAUCCUGCCUCCCCCGGAGAUAAAAUCUGUCAUCGACCGCACAGCGACCUUUGUCGCGCGGUCGGCCAACCCGCCCCAGUUCGAGGAGAAGAUCCGCGAGAACCAGCGUCAGGACCCAAAGUUUGCGUUCCUCAACCCGGCGGACCCUUACCAUGCCUACUACAGACACCGCAUGGACAAGGUCGUCCGCGGCGAGUUGGACGAGGAGGCGGCCCCGGCGAAGGAGGCUAUGGAGGAGGUCGAGGUCGCCCCGGCCGAGCAGACCCCAGUGGACGUUGGCGAGGAGCCACCCAUCCCGGAGUUCAUCCUCAGCAUCCCGAACGUGUCGGCGAUAGACCUGGACACCAUCAAGCUCACCGCGCUCUUCACCGCGCGCCGGGGGCAGCCAUUCCUGCACGCGCUCUCCUCGCGCGAGGGGCGCAACUACCAGUUCGACUUCCUGCGGCCGACGCACUCGCUGUUUGGGUACUUCAACAGGUUGGUGGACCAGUACUCGAAAGUGCUCCUGCCUAGUAAGGAGAUGCUCGUCCAGCUAAGGGAGCGUGCGCAAGACGGCGCGCGGUGGAAGGACCUGGAGCUCGCGCAGCGGAGGGCGCGGUGGGAGCAGGUCAAGCGCGAGCAGGACAAGCGGCGGGAGGACGACAAGGAGGCGGAGCGGGUCGCCUUCGCUGAGAUCGACUGGCACGACUACGCCAUCGUCCAGACCAUCGAAUUCACGGCUGCGGACGCGACGUCUGAGCUCCCGCCGCCCAUGAGUGUGCAGGAGGUGGAGAGCAUGACACUUGCCCAGAAGCGGAUGGCGGCGAUGAUCAUGGAGACCACGGCGGAGGAUGUCGAGGCCCACCGCGCCCGACAAGCUGCGGCAGAAGCGGAAGCGGCCGCUGCGGUUGGUGGAGCUGGGGGCGACCAAGAAGAUGCCGCGAUGGAAGAGAGCGACGACGAGGACGAUGAGGUCAAGGAGAGGAGACGGCGCGAUGAAGAGGAGAGGCAGAAGGAGAUUGAGCGUGCGAGGGCAAUCCAAGCGAGCUCGUUGGAUGCUGGUGGUCCGAUGAAGAUCAGGACAGACUACGUCCCAAAACUUCACAAGAAGAACGCGGAGAAGCUCACUACUUGCAGUAUCUGUGGACAAGAAAUCCCUGUCGACGAGCUCCAAGAGCACAUGCGUAUCGAACUGCUCGACCCCAAGUGGAAAUCUCAGCGCGAUAUGCUCGAAGCUCGCAAGGCGCAGGCUUCGGAGCUACAACGUGGUGCCAAUGUCGUAUCAUCCCUCAAGGCCCUCGCGAAGACUCGUGUCGACAUCUUUGGUGCCGAGGCGGACGAAGAACGACGGAAGAAGGAGGAAGAGGAAGAAAGGCUUCGCAGAAGGGAGCGCGAGAAGGUCGUCUGGGACGGUCACACUGCAUCCAAGGCGAACACGCUCGACAAGUUCUCGAUGAACUCCAAUAUCGACGAACAGAUUGCAGCCAUCCAUCGUGCCAAGGGUCUCGGACCACAAGAGGUCAACGCCAUCGGCCCAGGCAUCGGUCCAGCCGCCAUUCCUGCUCCUCUCAGCACACUCCCGCCCGCUCCCGCCUCCCUCCCCGCACCCCCGACAGGCUCUGGCCAGCCCGCAUAUACCGCUGCAACCGUCUCCUCCGGCCCGCAGCCCGCGUCGCUCUUCCCCUCUCAACCCGCGCCUGUCAUGCUCCCACCACUGCACUACCAGGGCAUGGACGCCGCGCAGCCUUUCGGGUACCAGCCCCCGCCCGCGGGCGCGCCGAUGAUGCACCCCGCCCGCGCCGCCGCGCUCGGACAGCAGAUGCCCCCGCCGGCCGCGCAGACGGGCACCGUGCGCUCCGCGGACGAGAUGGAGGGCGGCGACGGCGACGGCGCCGGGGUGCCGCCCGCGAAGCGGCAGCGGGUCGCGAAGCUGCCCGGGGGCGCGCUCUACCCGGAGCAGGACUGGGUCGGGAUGCACCCGCACCCGAUCGCGCUCCGGGUGCAGCUCCCGCUGGACGCGGCGCGGCCGGAGUGGAAGCUGGACGGGAGCGUGGUGACGAUCCCGGACCUGCCGCUCAUGCUGCUCGUGUCCACGCUCCGGGACCGGCUCAUCCAGCACACGGGGAGCUCGAUCGGGGCGUCGAAGAUCCGGUUCUCCUACCAGGGCAAGAUGCUCACGAACACGCACACGAUCGCGACGUACAACCUCGAGGACGAGGAUUUGGUCGUGGCGACGGUUCGGGACGAGAAGAAGAAAAAGUAG